AUGAAUGCACUGGUGGUUAAGGUGGUGGCAAUGAAACUGACGAAACGCAGGAAUGCCAUCAACUUCGUAGCUGGUUUUUCUGGCGAUCUCCUCUUUCUCCCCUUCCUUCACCUUUGCCUUUCCCCACUCAUUUAUCUCUUCUUCCGCAUCUACAUCCGUAUAUACAGUCUUGUGGCAGCUACUCUGCCGCAGCAUACGGGCGGAGUGGCCAUCUUACCUGGCACUAGCAGCAUGACCUUGAUGGAGCUUCGGAAGUUGGUGAUUGGUGAGCAGUAG